AUGACUGAACCAAGACCGAAGAAGCAAAGAUUACAAUGUGAAUAUAUCAUUCCUAAUAAAAAGAGACGCUGUGGCAUGACCAGGCCCUCAAAUGAGGAGUCGAAACACGUCAGGUACUGUUUGGAGCAUCGGCAUCUGUUGGGUGUCGACGCCUCUGCAGGUGCUGUGACGGAUAGCAGGAAGAGAGUUCCGUGUCCCUUGGAUCCCAAUCACACUAUAUGGGAAUUCGAAUUGGCUAAGCAUUUGCAGAAAUGCAAUAAGCGUAAAGUGCUGCACUCGAACGAUGGAGAAGUGUAUUACAAAGAAAAUCAUAAUGCAGGUGUGUAUUCGGAGCAGGGCGAUGAGGAGAAAUCAAAUUUGUCUUUGCAAGAUUGCAUAUUGUCCACACUCAACAUCUUGAAGGACUUCAAUAAAGAGAAUGAAAUUGUGAUUCCAAAAUUAAUUAAACACAGUGGAAUCAUGGAAGAUAAGAGGUUUCCUCAAUUAGACGAGAAUGACAACAUUGGUAGGAAGUAUCAUGCAAUCCAACAGUCGUCUCUGAUACAAAACAUGUUCGAUCACAAUAUCCUAACCUCGGCGUCGAAUAGUAAUUUCAUUGAGUUUGGCUGUGGCAGAGCAGAACUCUCCCGUUACAUCAAUCAAGUGAACCAAUACACAACGGACACGGACAAUAGCACUUCGCAUUUCGUUCUGAUCGAUAGAUCAACAAAUAGGAUGAAAUUCGAUGCAAAAAUAAUGGCAGACUCAGAAGAAAUUAAUAGCGUAAGAUCUAACAAUAAUAAACCGCAAAUUGACAGGAUAAGAAUUGACAUUAAGGAUCUGGAUAUCACCCCUGUGUUGAAGUCCAAUGAAAAGUACAUCGCAAUUUCAAAGCACUUAUGUGGUGUCGCAACAGAUUUAGCUUUGAGAUGUUUAAUUGGUCAUGAAAAAGAAUUAAGGGAGGACCAUUUACAAGGUAUUUGCAUUGCAAUGUGUUGCAGACACGUCUGCAAUCACAACUCUUAUAUAAACCCUUCGUACAUUAAACACAUCCUCCAAAAUCAUAGUGCUGGUGAGACUUUGACCUAUAGUCAAUUUUUCCUUGCUUUGACAAAAAUUGCACCAUGGGCAACUUCAGGUAAGGCAGGGACUGGUGACCAAGCACAAACCCAUUUUUCGAAAUUAAAUGAACAAGAAAGAUUCAAUGCAGGUAUACAAGCGAGAAACAUAAUCGAUCAAGGGAGGGCCGAUUGGCUGGAAUCACGAUUAGACGAGAAAACGUUUGGUGUCAAGCUCAUCAGAUACUGCGAAUCAGAAGUCACCCUUGAAAACAACGCCAUCUUAGUCUAUAGAAUAUAG